CCAGUCCUCCCCGUGAACGAACAGAGCAGGGCGAAGAAGCCGAGAAACCCUCGCGCCGACGGCGGCGGCGGCGGCGAUGCCGGCAAAGGGGACGCGGAUGGCGGAGCUGUGGGGGCGGGAGGUCGGCCGCCUCCGGCCCAAGCGCUUCGCCGACUCCGUCAAGGCCUCCCAGGACUUUGUGAAUUCUCUUGGCAUACAGAAGCGGCUGCGGGAGCACCGGGGCGGCGUCAACACCAUAAGCUUCAACAGCAACGGGAGCCUGCUGCUGUCCGGAUCGGACGACCGCACCGUCGUGCUGUGGGACUGGGUGCGAGCCAAGCCGGCCGUGCAGUUCCACACCGGCCACGAGAACAACGUGCUCCACGCGCAGUUCAUGCCCCUCUCCGACGACCGGAGCAUCGUCACCUGCGGCGGCGAUGGGGAGGUGAGGUAUGCGCAGAUAGAUGAAGCGGGCCGUGUGUAUGUCGAUCAGGUUGUCGAGAUGGCGUAUGAGGUGCACAGGUUGGCCGUCGAGCAAGGGAAUCCCAACACCUUCUAUAGCAGCGGGCAAGAUGGAUACGUGUGGCGCUUUGACCUAAGGGGGAAACACGCCAGAGAACUCUUUAAAGUUGGGGUGGUUUACGAUGAUGGCGAGAAUGAUGCCCCCGAACUUUAUGCCAUCGCUGUAGACCCAAGAAAUCCAUAUCAUGUGGCAGUCUCUGGAUCUGACGAGUUUGUGAGGUUAUAUGAUACCCGUAAGUAUCUGCACGGGGAUUUUGGUUGCCCAGUUGAUUACUUCUGCCCUCCGGGUUUGAUUACUCAAAACAAAGAUGGAAUAACCGGUCUGGCCUUCUCACAGACUGGCGAGAUAUUAGCAUCAUAUAGUUGGGACAAUAUAUACCUUUUUGAGAGAGAGCAUGGGUUGCACUUCAACGGUUUUAAGGUUGGUGAGAUGCCCCUGCUUGGUGACGGGGUGGGUGCUGGCUUACCCCUUUAUAAGGACAUCUUGCCUGAACCUAAGGUUUUCAUGGGACACCGUAACAAGCAAAGCAUUAAGGGUGUCAACUUCCUUGGUCCCAAUUGUGACUAUGUUGCCUCCGGAUCGGACUGUGGCCAUGUAUUUAUUUGGAGAAAGAAGGAUGGGGUGCUCAUGCGAGCGAUGAAAGGAGAUAAACGGAUUGUCAACUGUGUUGAACAGCACCCUUCUGAAAUUGUUGUCGCAAGCAGCGGCUUUGCUACAGACAUUAAGAUUUGGGCACCUGGUGAUUGUGAGAACCCCUCGACGGUUGACUUUGAUGAGGAUGAACAGGAUACGUUCCUAUUCAGCAGCAUGAGCAGCGAUGAUUCCGACAUAUCCGACUUGAUGGAUGAUUUUAUCAUUGGCCCCUCGGGUUCCGGUUCCUCCGAUAAUGAUGAAGAAGACGACGACGAUGAUGACGAGGACACAGACGAUGACGAUGACGAGGACGACGAUGAUGAUGAUGAGGAUGAGGGCGAUGAAGAGGAGGAUGAGGAAGGCGUGACGACGGACGGAGAUUCCGGCGGCGAAGACGGCGACGAGGGGGGUGGCACCGAAGACAUGAUCGACGAUUGAUUAGAGGAGCUAACGAUUGAUUGAUGAUUCCUUGUAGUGUUCGCGCCGCGGUGCAGGGGGUAUGCUAGGGUUCCCUUUUGAGUUUUGAGCCCACGGCAAUAGAUUUCUUGUACAUACGCACUCUCCGGUCCAGGAUAGUUGAGUGCUUGUAUUGUUGGUGUGUAAAUGUUUGCUGGGGGUAAAAUUAUUUCACCUGGCGGUGGCUGCACACAGCAUCUGAAAACAGAGCCCGCUGAUACUGUGGUUUA